UUUCACUCCCACUCUCACCAAAUCCACAAUAGUUUCCAUCGACUUUAGGGUUUUUUUUUUUCAUUCUCUCUUCGGAUUAAAAAAAAGCGAUUUUGAAAAAGCGAAAAUGGCUCUGAGUCUGACACCAGGUGCAAUAACGAAGAUGUAUUUCACCUCGGAGGAAUUUCAACCGGUGCUUCAAGUUAUCGAUCUGAAACUUGUUCAGUCGUCGCAGAAUUACACUACUGAGAGGUACCGUGCCGUACUAUCCGAUGGCGAGUUUUAUGAACACGGAUUGCUCGCUACCCCGAAGAAUGAUCUGGUUCACUCUGGAAGAUUGCAGAAAGGUUCCAUUGUUAAACUUCUUCACUUCUUUACACACAACAAUGUUCAUCGUCACAAGUUUUUUAUCAUUGUUGACCUUGAUGUUCUAAUGGACACAUGUGAAACGAUUGGAAAACCUGUCUCAGCUGAUGUAGGAAAUUCCCCUAGUAGCAAUGUUCAUUCUAGUUCUUCUGAAUCUCCAAGCUUUACUUUGAUUGAGGAGCUUUCUAACUGGCAUCCCUUCCAGUGAUUAGUAUUGUCUUUAAUGUGUAUUAGGACUCAAUAAAUGUACAUUAAUUGUCUUUAAUGUAUUUCUAUA